GCGACAAGAUCUCAGUUUGACGUAGAGCAUAGCAGGCUGCACGUCCGGUCGUGUCCAGGCUUGAUUGUGUUCUGUUCCAUGUUUUCUCGGUGCGCGCACAACGAAUCGUCGUCGCAUGCAAAGUGACCCGUGUGUUCCGGUGACAGUGUGAAAUGUUAGCAAAGGGUAGCUGAGGUGUUUACAUCGUUCUGGACUGUUUCGAUCCGUUUAGUCCGCGCGUGAAAAUCAUAAGGGGUUGAACGCUGACCUAACCUUAAAAAAGGGACCGGACUGUCAGUGAAGGCGGUUUUACCGUUCCCGGGGGCAAACAAACAUGAUGGGGUUCACCACGUCAAGAAAGGGUUUGCUUCAAAUUGCCGACGGUGUUCUGGAGGAUUACGUUAUUAGAACACCCAUUUCCACCGUUUACGACGUGGAUAAAACACCACUUGGCAGAGGAAAAUAUGCAACAGUAUGCAAAGCAGUGCACAAAAAGACGCAGGUGCCUUACGCGGCGAAGUUCGUGAAGAAGAGGCGUCGCAGUCAGGACCAGAUGAAGGAGAUCGUACACGAAAUCGCCGUACUCAUGCAAUGUUCAGACACAAAUCGAGUCAUUAGGUUACACGAGGUAUACGAAAGCGAUACGGAAAUGGUACUAGUGCUGGAACUGGCCGUCGGCGGUGAACUUCAACACAUCCUGGACGUCGGACAGUGUCUGAGUGAGGCGGAGGCCCGCAAAGCCAUGAAACAAAUACUGGACGGCGUCGCCUAUCUGCACGAACGCAACAUCGCCCAUCUGGACCUCAAGCCGCAAAAUUUACUGCUCUCGGAGCCGAACAGCUGCGACGACAUCAAGUUAUGCGAUUUCGGCAUAUCGAAGGUGCUGGAACCGGGCAUCAUUGUACGGGAAAUAUUAGGUACUCUAGACUACGUAGCACCCGAGGUACUUAGUUACGAACCGAUCGAACUGUCGACUGAUAUUUGGUCCGUCGGGGUGUUGGCAUACGUUCUGCUGACUGGUUUCAGUCCGUUCGGUGCCGACGACAAACAACAGACCUAUCUCAACAUUUCCAAAUGUGCCUUAACCUUCGAACCGGAGCAUUUCGACGACGUCUCCAGCUCGGCCAUCGACUUCAUCAAAAGCGCCCUCGUCGUGGAUCCAAGGAAGCGACCGAAGGUCCACGAUCUGCUGAACCACCCGUGGAUCUCGCUCAAGACGAACAUAAUCACAUUGCCCGCCUUCAAGUCGACCGAGUCGCUCAAUCAGACGCCGAAAUCGACGCCGGUUGGGCCGCGAAAGUCGUACGGAUGCAUUGCGACGGCGACGGUGAUGGAAACAACGCCGAAACAGCAGCGGAAAUCCUUCUGUACGGACAGUCUGAACGGCCCAUUCGCUGAUCCGGCCGCAGUUCGUACGUACACCGUGUCUGCUAACUGCCUGUGUCCGCAAUGCGGGCCGACAUGUCGCCACCUCACGCACACGCCCGUCACCAAAGCGACCAUCACGCUCGAUCGCGGCAUCCUGUGUUAGCCACACCGUGCACCUACCCCAACACCCCUUCCCUAUCCCCUCAACACUGUUGUUUUUAUUUUGUUUGUUUUCAAUUAGUUUUUUUUAUGAUCCGAGCUGUUGCACACGCUGCAUCCGCACCGCGUUAAGGGUGGCUUCUCAUUUUGGCUUACAUAUUGGUCGCAGUGUCCCUUGACAACACACAUCACAAUUACACGAUAAAUUAUCGUACUUAAAACUGUGUUUUUUGGGUUUCUUUCUGUUUUUGGAACUGCCGACGUACGUCGACCACGAACCACACAUCCAGACACGAGGCAUCCUUAAUGUUGAUGUUUUGGUAGCGAUUGUGUAUGUGCUGAUUUGGUGGGUAUUUUUGUACAGUGCUAGAUUUAGUUGUAAUUCAAUAAUUUAUAUGUUCACUGCUUUAAAAAAAUUGUUUCUACAAAAUAAAUUUGUCUAUCACUAUCACCUUGAUUUUGUCGUUCGUUUCUUCUAUAUCAAAUGCCCUUUUUAACUUAUUAUCAAGACAAUCCUAUUUCUUUUAUAGAUCGAAAACUCAUCUAUAAUGUCAUUGUAAAAAAAUUGUAUAGACUAGUCAGAUUUUAAAAAAGUAAAUCCAGUGAUUUCUGUGAAAAAACGCGUGCCUCAAUUAUAAAUUUGUCACUUGCACAAGUGUUAAUAUGUUGCUCAGGUGAAUUAUGUUGAAUUUCAAGUGUCUUUUCGUUUUGCAUGCCUCGUCGUACAAACUUGUUUAUAGCGCAAUUUUGUAGUUUCGUUCCCCCCUCCCUGUUGUAAAACGUGAAUGUUUCAGAAUCCAGGAAAUUCUUGCGCAAGACGGAAUUAUGCAUGAUUUAAUGUUUUCAUGUUUAUUUGACUUUAGGUCAGACAUUGCAUAAGCCAGACAGAAAAACUGGAUUAGUUGAUGUUAUGUGUUUUUCGGGGCUAAUUGGGCUGUGGUACAUAUUUAAAAUUGCAACAAAAAAAAAAAAAAAAAAAAUACAAGAAACAUAUUUGAAUGCUCCAGGUCAGCCUGGAUAAUACAAAUUCAGUACAAAUAAAAUAAGGCGAUUUUAAAUAUGUUUGAAAAUUGCAUUGUGUCUAUUUUGUGGAAGUUUCCGCGAAGUUUCUGGAAACCAGUCGGAUAGCAACACCUAGAUUAAAGAAACUUUUGUACAUAGAUUUGUUUCGCGGAAAAUUCAAAAAACUAAAGCCCAUUUACACAAUUUUGUUUUCAUUAUUCAGCUUCAAAAUUGAUUGUUUUUUGUUUUAUUUUAUGUUACUGCCUUUUCAUUUACUCUGUAUAUUUAUGUCAAUAAGUAUUUAAUUUUAAUAAUUAUUUUUUGAAUGUCCAGGUUCGUACUGCAAAUUUUUAUUUUCCAGUUUUAUUAAUUUUUUUGACGUGUUUGAUGGAGUUGCACAAGAGAAAAUAGAAAUUCGCAGACGUAUUAGUUUUUUUUUAUCUAAGUAAAGUUAUUGUGAAUGUAGUAAUCAAUGUGGUAGAUUUGAAUGAACCUGCUCUGUGUUUGCAUUCGCAAAUUUAUUUGUAUUAAAACCAAUAAAGAAUAUUUUAAAGGAA